AUGUGUAACGGAAAUACAGAAAUUGAAGAGAAGAAAACUUUAGUUUAUAAGACGAUAAAAUCAAUCGUCUUAGGGAUUAUUUCUAUUUAUUGGGAAAGAGGUGGUAGUUGGGAAGUAGUAUCCGAGAAGAUCACACAACAUAUAAUAAAUUACCUUCGAACAGAUUAUGCAAAUGAUGUGAAACAAAAUAUUAACUACUAUUCUGAAAGUUCUGACCGAAGAGAUUUUACAGGUGAUCAGUUGAACAUCAAAAUGAAAGUGGAUGAUAUAGCAUCAUUAGUGAUGCGACUAUAUAAAUUACAAAAUGGCCACUUCCAAAAAGAGACUGAAGCCAAUGACAAAAUACUAGUUGAGAGUAAUAUUAUACCUUUAAGAAAAUCUGAAGGAUCCAGAUAUUUUGAAGAUGUUAGUUUGGAUACUAAUUAUGAGAAUCUUUAUAUAUAUAAACGUUUAUAUGUUAAAAAAAAAAUUAUGAAUAAUGAUUCCACUUUUCUUUCUAGUUAUAUUGAUGUGGGAACUAUAACAGAUUUAAACAUGUACAUCAGGAAGAAUAUCAGCAAGCUAAUGGAAUCAAUAUAUACAAUACUUGAUAAUAAAAAAGUACUAAGUAAACAUUACGCUAUAGCAGAUGUAAUUAGUGAGUAUGAAUAUGAGAACUUGUCAGUUUGUAACUUCCCAUUUUCAUAUUAUGAGAAGCUAUUUUUUGAAUACUAUAUACAUAAUGAAGUAGUAUUUAGGUCAGAUUUGAAUGAAGAUAAAAUAAUCAGGAAUUUACAUGCUAUUGCAAAUAAGUCUUUAACUCUAACACGGUCAGAAUUGUUACCAUUCUUUGAUAUCUGCGACAGUAGUCAAUUUAAUAAGUCUGAAGAGUGGGUAGAAUCACCGUCAUUUGGGAACUUUAAGAGUUUAGAUAGCUCAAAUAUUAUGGAUAUUUCACUUAAUAUUGAGGAUAAGCAAAUAAGUACCAAUAGCUUAUCAUUUGCUGAUAUUGUUGAGAGUGAACAAAGAUCUCAGAAGAACAGACUGCAUCGAAUGGUAAAUACUGGAUAUAAGAAGACUAUUAGUUCUGUGCGUCCUAUAAAUUUGAGAUAUUUCAGUGAUAACUUUAAUAUAUGGGAGAUCUCUUAUAGAAAUUCACUGUCAAAAGAUUUUUGUCUUGAUGAUUUCCAAACAGUUGAAAGCUUUCUAACUAAAAAGGAGAUAGAAUUUACUGAUGAUAUCUUGAUGAAUCCUAGUGUUAUUUAUUCAAAAAUUGAAAAUUGCAAUAUAUCUCCCAAGGGAUCAGAAUCUCUAUCAUUAACUUUUGAAGAUAUAGUUAGAGUUAUAGAUGAGAGAAAUCUCAUUGAUUUAAUUAUGGGUAAUAGGUAUUUAUUGAUUCAUGUAUUAUCUGAUGGAACAUAUGGGAGGGCUUAUUUUGCAAUUGACCUUUUAUUUUUUAAAUGGGUAUGCUUGAAAAUAAUGAAAAAAGGAAAUAGUGAUGUAAACUAUUUUUCUGAUUCUUUACUGGAAGCGGAAAUUCUGAAUGAGUUGUCGCUUAAUAAAGAGGUUAAUUAUAUACCAAAAUACAUUGAUACCCUAAUCAGUCAUAACCAUAUAAUGAUUGUAACAGAGUUACUAGGACCAAAUCUGCUUAUGGUACAAGAUAAACAUUUAUCUUAUUUUGAAGAUGAUACAAUUUUAGAGGCACCUAGUGUUAAUGGUUACAGUGAUAUUUAUCUUAACAAAAAAAUUUUUAAUGAACCAAUUAAAAGAUUCUAUACACUUGGGAGAAUUCAGAGAGUAAUAUUUCAACUUUUAAAGUGUUUGAGUAUAGCGCAUGGAAAUUAUAAUAUUGUACAUUGUGAUAUUAAAUUGGAAAAUAUAGUCUUCGAUUGCAUAGAUGCAAACGAUAUAACUAACUCUUGUAUAAAUAGUUUCAAUAAUUGUUUGGAUCUUAUUAAAGAUCCUAUUUAUAUUAAAUUAAUAGAUUGGGGUAGUAGUACGAAAUUGCACUUCGAGAAGAUAGAAUGUGGCAAAACUUACAUACAAAGCCGCUAUUACAGAUCACCUGAAAUUUGUCUAGGUUUGCCGUAUGACGAGAAAACUGAUAUUUGGAGUGUAGGGUGUGUAAUGGCUGAGCUUUGGAUGGGAAGACCAUUAUUUGCUCCUGCACAAUCUACUCAACAACUUUUAUCAAAUAUUGUACUAAUAAUGGGGCAACUUUCAUUAGACAUGGUUACAAGAUCACAAUUUGCUAGCAAUUUAAUAACAAAAGAUGGGCAUUUAUAUGAAAAAAUUUACAGUAACAGUGACUUUGGCACUAAUAAAAUUCGUGUCUACACGAGAAAUAACUCGGCUACACUUGAAAGUCUUCUAGAUUGUCAAGAGACAUUAUUUAUUGACUUAUUGAAAUUACUGUUAAAGCUCAAUCCUUCUGAGAGGAUAUCUGCUUCCGAUGCAUUGAUGCACCCAUGGUUUGAAAUAAAAUAUGUUGAUGGUUUAUAA